UGUCUCGCGAGAGUCGUGUGGCGGCCGCGGUCUCGCGCGGCUGCGGCCCGCUCCGCCCCCGGGUGCUUGUGCUGGCGGCGGUGCCCAGCAGAGCCGCUCCCCGCUCCGGCGGCACCGAAAUGGGUCUGCUUUCAGAAGACGCAAUGCACUAGAUGUGGUGCUUGGAACAGGAUUAGUCAUGGCGUCAGAACUAUGUAAAACAAUCUCUGAGGCAAAACUGGAAAAGCACAAGAACUUGUUCUUAAAUUACCGAAAUCUCCAUCACUUCCCUUUGGAGUUACUGAAAGAUGAGGGGCUGCAGUACUUGGAGAGACUUUAUAUGAAAAGAAAUUCCCUGACCACAUUGCCAGAAAACCUUGCACAGAAGCUUCCAAACCUCGUGGAAUUGUACCUUCAUUCAAAUAACAUAGUUGUUGUACCUGAAGCCAUUGGCUCCCUCGUUAAACUGCAGUUUCUGGAUCUAAGUGAUAAUGCCCUUGAAAUUGUGUGUCCAGAGAUUGGCCGCCUGAGAUCUUUACGUCAUCUUCGCUUAGCUAACAACCAGCUGAAAUAUUUACCUGCAGAGGUUGGAGACCUGAGGGAGCUGCAAACAUUGGACAUCUCGACCAACCGUUUGAUAACAUUACCUGAAAGGCUGCAUAUGUGCCUUUCGCUGCAGUACUUGACUGCAGACAGAAACCACCUGUGGUAUGUUCCCCGCCACCUGUGCCAACUACCAAGCCUCAAUGAGCUCUCCAUGGCUGGAAACCGCCUUGCAUUUUUGCCACUUGAUUUAGGUCGUUCUCGGGAGCUACAGUAUGUUUAUGUGGAUAACAAUAUUCAUCUGAAAGGCCUCCCAUCUUAUCUGUAUAAUAAAGUCAUUGGUUGCAGUGGUUGUGGUUCUCCAAUUCAAGUUUCAGAGGUGAAACUGCUCUCUUUUUCAUCAGGCCAGUUAACUGUGUUCCUGCCAGCAGAGGUGAAAUCUAUAGGGACAGAAACAGAUCAUGUGCUGCCUUUGCAAGAACUGGCCAUGAGGACCCUCUAUAACACCUACUACAGGAUUUUAAAAGAUUUGAACUUUUUGACUCCAGUCUCGCUACCCAAAAGCCUCUUGGAGUUGCUGCACUGUCCUUUGGGACACUGCCACCGUUGCAGCCAGCCUAUGUUUACCAUCGUCUACCCAAAGCUCUUUCCCUUGAGGGAAACUCCAAUGGCAGGAUUGCAUCAAGGGAGGACAACUGUUAGUUUUGUGGCAUACUGCUGCUCCACCCAGUGUCUGCAGACUUUUGACCUACUGAGUUGAUAAACAUUUAAAACUGCUCAGGAGUGCUGCCAGUGUAAAGCUGCAUUAGAUGUCGUAUCCCAUUGGUACUGGAAUACUGUGUGUGUGCGCGUGUGUGCCAAAGCAGCAGAAGUGCCCAGUCGGGAACACUAAGAGGCACUUAAAUCAUGUCCUAUCAAAUUUGGAUGAACUGCAGAAACUUUUUGGAAGUGUAAAUACCAAGCUUUUAAAAGUAUUAACUUCUCCUCUACGACAGCAUACAAACCAAACAAAUUCACAAGCUCUGACUUCAGGAUUUCCAGUAUUUUUCAAAUGUGGCUGUCUUCAGGUUGACUUACGGCAUCAUUUGAGGCAGUUUUCAUUCCUCUAACAGGAAAACAACAAAAAAAGGGGGAUUCAGAUAUGACAAAGGAGUUUUUGCUUACCUCCCCACCAUCCUCUUCAUCCUUUCAGCUGGAUUCAGGUGUAUAGAUCUAAGCCUACAGAAAUCUUUGGUGGAUCCCAGUGACUUUUCCAUAGAAUUUAGCCUUAUUUUCUCUCUCUCAUCUUCAUACUUUCUCCAGCAGAGUUAAUCCUAGUUGUAUACCAAGUCUUUGACAGUUAAAUGUAGUAUUUAAAUCCACAUAUUAAAAGCAGAUCUAUCUUUAUGGUAUCAUUGGAAGCCGCACUGAUUUAUUUGGAGUAACAAGGAUAUGUCUGGAGACUAAAGAUCCUGUUUCAGUGAGGAAGGCUGGAACUGAUGCCUGCACCGAGUGGUCUUGCUCCAGCAUGUUUGAGGGUGUGUUUUCUUUAUUUUCAUUGCCUGAGUUUUUUGUUUUUUAAAAACACUUCCCCUCUUGCUUCUUUGAGUUUUUCAGGAAGAAGAUGACUUUGUGUCAAUUUCACUUGAAAAGAAUAGUAAUAUGGUAGUAAAUAUUUAUCUAUAUUUAUUAUAUUUUUACAGUUGCAGGCUGUAGAUCUGCAAAGAGUUGGUCAUCUUUUUCUAAGUUCAGCAUUUGGCUGACUUGAGGAGAUCUUAUCAGUGGAGCGUCUGCCUCAGAGAAGGCUGGCAAUACCAGGGGAGGUAUAUAUAGCUCCAUGCAUAGGUAUAGAUGCAUACAUAGAUCUUCACAGAAGAGCUGUAACAUACAUUUUUGUAUACGAUUGGCAGAUUUAGCGCAAAUUUCCACUCACUGUCAUAUUUGUGGAAAUACUUUUUUCUUAGAUCUUGUUCAUUUCAAAUGAAGGACUAAGGAUGGAAAAAAGGCCCAAAAUGCCUGCAUGACUUAAAAUUUUAAUUUUACAGUGAAACAGUUAAUAGAAAAUUAGCCUCUCUUGACUUGUUUUGGAAUAUAUAACUAUUUUCCUGUAAUAUAAUGUGUUCUUUUUUUUUACUUUCUAUUUCUUAGCUAUAAGCUACUUGUUGGUUUAGCACAGUGUGCUGCUCUGCGCAGUAGGUAGUUACAAGCUGAAAUAGAUAUGAAUGAAACAGUUUGUUAUAAAAAUGGCAAGAUAAAGAGACUUAUUUGGUAGUAUAUUAGCAUAUGUUGUGGUGAGGUGUGCAUAGUUUGAAGGGAGGAGGCAUUAAAAUGUUUUCCUUUUGCCAAAGAAGCAUUUGUUCCCGCUGCAGGCUUCCUGGCAUCUCUUCAAUAAAUAGAGUAUCUUAAGAGCUUAGAAGAGUACCAAAAAGGCAGUUUUGAGGGUGGAAUUUUUAGGUUGUGCAUGUUACUUGUAAAAGCUCUGCUGGUUUUAUUGGGUUGGUUUUAGAGAGUUGAAUUAGCAUUAAGAAAUGUAGAACUUAAUCCUUCAGGAAUGCAAGUAUCAUCUGCUGUUUAAGAAUUGUGAAACUUUCUAAAAUAAAUCCCAUUUAUUAGAACUGCUUUGCAGUAGGGGAAAGAGCCAUGUCCAAGCAGGCUUUGUACUAUUGGAUUUCUGACUCUGUCAUUUCACUAACUUGUUUCAAUGUUGUAUCCCCAACAGGCCUUCCCACCCAGCGGGGUUUACUGCUGAAGCAGCAAAAUGAAUCUUCAGCUUUUUUCUUUUCCUUCAGUAGCUUGCCCCUGUACAAUUAUGCCUAUAUCAGAAAUGUACAAGUAUAGUACAGAAUCCAUUUUUUUAAAAUGGUUGAUGAAAGAGCUGUGGUAGUGUUACAAACACUAGGUUUUGAUAGAAUACUCUGAUCAGGAAUUUUCAGUAUUGUUUUUACUUCUUUGAAGGAGAUGUUUUGGUGGCAGUUUAUUUGUCCUCUUUUUAUAGCAGUUUACAGACUUUAGAACAGUUUCUUGAAUUCAGUCUGUAAAUAUUAUUUUGGAGUUAAAUCUUUCUAUUACCUAAAAGGCAUUAGCAUUUGUUUUAUUAGGAGUCAGAUAGUAAGAGUUGAGCUUGAUUAUUUUUUAUUUUUUAUUUUCUUUAUUCUUCCCAUAAUCAUUAUUUUUUAUUGAUUUCAUAUCAGUCUAUUAUUGUCUCAAGUGCAGUUCAGAAGAAAUUCAGUCUGUUCUAUAAGCAGGAUGAAUCUUAACGAACACUUUAAUAGAUGAUAUUUCAAGAAUGGAAUGUUCAAUGAAUAAAUGACUUAAACAUGCAGUUAAAGCUGAAAUGUCAUACCCUAUUUUUAUAAAACAAGGAAGAGGAAAGCGAAUAUAUAGACUGGAAAUGCAGCUUAAAUUCAUGUUUCUCUGAUUUAUUUUUUUUAAUACAAACAGUGUUUGUAUUCAUCUGUAUCUUUGGGUGAUACUGUUCUAGAUUAAAAUAACUCCAUUCUCACUUGUCCACAUUUUUGUAAAGUUGUUCUACUAUAAGAGUAUUUCAUAAACAGCUGACAUGAAAGCGGGCUAUGCAAGUUGCAGAGGGGAGAUGGAGCUUGUUGCUGAUGGAACUGCAUCAUUUUUUUUUCAAUACAAGAUGUCACAGUACUUGGACUUUUUUUAAUGCAUUUACUGCUAGGUAAUUUUUGAUUGCUUGCUCUUGUCAGGUUAGUUCACACUGAAAUAAAUCUUCCCUUAUACUGCAAACAGGUUCAAGCCAUUGGAAAAAAAUGACCGUUUUUGAACGUUUUUUGCCAUAAAAGUAUGUCUUAACUGUUCGCUUGGGGUGAUAGCAGGAGAAGUUUCUGGAGUUUUUUUCUAGGUGUUAUAAAGCGGUGCAGAUAGAAAUGAGAGGGGAAAAAAGGUCUUUAACCCAUUUAUAUUGGUAUAAAUUUUUCUGAGUAAAGAUGAAUGAUGUGAUUAGGGAGCAUAGGCAUAAUUUUAAUGUGAUAACAAGUAACGUGUUCGUAACAUUGGGACCCUACUGCUUAUAGAGAUAACUUUUUGUUCUGCCACAAAGGAAUCUGGAAUCUCUGGCUUUGUUUAAAAAAACCUACUUGAGCAGUUUUACCAUGAACACUGCUACAUUUGGGAACCUUCUUGUUACUCCCCCAGAGGAUCAGAAAUACAAAUGUCCUUUCCUGUGUGAAGAACAAGGUCUAAUAUCAAGAUGUAUUUUUCUGUUUUGGCGUGAUGUUUCUCUUGGGCUUUUGCUGAAGUUCAUUACAAACCACCUAUUUUCUUCGUUGCGGUGAGGUUAAGAUCUUACACUGAGCAGAGUGGAGCUGUUGAUUGCCAAGUUGGCUUCAAUUGUUAUAUAUCGAAUUCUGCUGAAUCCCGUUUUCUGGCAUGAAGGGAGGAUGAGACUGUUCCAACACCCGUGUGGUAACAGCGUGUCAGGUUUUACUGACAUCAAAGCCAAACUGAAGCUUGGAGAGUGACAAACCUUGCACUAGGGGAUGACUUUUUUUUUUUUUUUUUUUUUUUAAGGCCAUUGUGGCCUCAUCAGAGUACCACUGAUAACAGAAGAAGUUUUGCUGGGAUGUCAGUGGAGGAUGGGUCAAGUUUUAAUUGAUGAGAGAGAAGAAUAUGGUUUACCAUGUUUCUAUUUCUUCAAAAAACUGGGACAAUGACACUGAAGCCCAUGCUGCUUGCUGCUAGGCAGCCUCUCGAUCUGCAGCUGAACUUAAAGACGUAGCUAUCUUUGCCUCUUGCCUCCCUGUUAAUACAGCUCAUGUUGCUGCAAAAUGUUACAGUUAACUUGUGAUGGAAGAGGCUGAGUAAAUUGAAUCCAGAGUUUUUAUUACUUUUUGUAUUACAGACCUAUUUUGUAAGAGACCAAAGGUCUGGUGGAAAGAAAUGGCAAGGUUCCUGUGAAGUCGUCUUUGCUUUUGCUUUUGUGUGCCCUUCUUUGGAUUACAGCUUGAACUUGGAUUGCAACUGAAUUCAUUCUGUGUCUGUUGAAAGCACGUAUAUAUAUUGCUUUUUUGCUCUGUAUUAACCAAAUGUCACUUAGUGUGAAGGUGAGCUUGCUAGAUGUUUUCUUUAAAGUUAGUGGUGCAAUUUAUUGUAUGUGUAUGCUUGUUAAUAAACUAUAUUUUUGGAUAGAA